AUGGAAUGUGUUGCUAAUAUUACAUAUAUAACUUUUGAAGGACAUGCAGGAUUGCAGAAGUAUAAAUAUGUUUAUUUUACCAUUGCACUCACUGCCUAUUUACUCAUUCUCUUUUUUAAUUCUUUUAUUAUUUGUCUCAUAUUUAAAAACAAGACUCUCCAUGAGCCAAUGUAUAUUUUAAUAGCAGCUUUGUUUUUAAAUGCCAUUUUUGGCACAACUGCUUUUUAUCCUAAAUUGUUAAUAGAUUUCCUGUCUGAUAAACAAAUAAUCUCUUAUCCAGCUUGUGCUCUACAAGCUUUUCUAAUAUACACAUAUGGUGUAUCAGAGUUCACACUAUUGUCAGCAAUGGCCUAUGACAGGUAUGUGUCUAUCAGCAAACCAUUACAAUAUGCAACACUUGUCAAAAUGUCCACUGUUAAAAAGAUGUUGUUAAUUUCUUGGUUUUUCCCUGCGUUUGAAAUUGGCAUAAUGGUUAUAUUAACAAGCAGGCUAAAACUGUGCAAAUUCACAUUAAAAAAGGUGUACUGCGACAAUUAUUCAAUUGUGAAGUUAAGUUGUGGGGAUACUGCCUUGAACAACUAUUAUGGUUUAUUCGUUUUAAUUAUUUCAGUGUUCCCAGCUUUGAUAUUUAUAGUCUUUUCCUACAUCAAAAUACUUCUAAUUUGUUUAAGGAACUCAAAAGAUUUUCGAAGGAAAGCUCUCCAGACAUGUUUGCCUCACCUUUUGAUUUUUGUGAACUUCUCUGUCAAUUGUGUUUUUGAAGUAGUUCAGCACAGACUGGAGAUAAACAUACCAGAGACUCUUCGCAUUAUUAUGAUAGUUGAAUCUUUCUGUACUCCACCACUGCUGAAUCCAAUUAUAUAUGGCUUGAAACUGCAAGAGAUCUCAAAGAAGAUAAAAAGACUGCUUUGGCCAAAUAAAGCACUGGCAGCUAUCAAGGCCACAACAUUUGCAUAUUAG